AUGGGGAACAUUUUUGAAAAGCUGUUUAAAAGUCUAUUUGGGAAAAAAGAGAUGUGGAUUCUUAUGGUGGGUUUGGAUGCAGCUGGAAAAACCACCAUCCUGUAUAAACUGAAGCUGGGAGAGCUCAUGACUGCCAUCCCUACAAUAGGGUUCAAUGUACAGAUGGUAGAAUAUAAAAAUAUCAGCUUCACAGUCUGGGAUGUUGGUGGCCAGGACAAAAUCAGACCUUUGUGGUGA